GCUACCGUUCGCCGAAUCUGACUGAUGGUAGACUUGAGACAAUUAGAUUGAUAACUUCUCUCCUAUCAAGAAUAUGAAUGGGCAUAUGACUAGAAAUGACAUCCGAACAUUUGCACAUCCUUAGGUACCACCUCAAACGUUGACCCGACACCCAACCUGAACACGGAUAUGACAACUAAAGCACGCCACGGCCCCGGUAUAAUAUGUGCUGAGAGUAUCGCAGCCUUGCACUUUCUUCAUGAUAUUCCCGUCCUACCAUCUUCCAACACAGUAACAGAUCUUCAAAGCCGAUCGGCAGGCUAUACCUUAUCUUUCGAGAAAGAGCGUAGCCUUGCCGGGACGCUCGCUUUUCUCGCAUACCCAAAGGAUGACGUCGAUCGCAUACCAGCCGUAUGUAUCGAAGAAGGUCCCAAUGCGACAUAUUUGAACGCCUUGCUCGCUAUAAAUAAGGCCAACUCGAGUAGUGGAGCGGGGACCCUAUUAGAGUUAAAAAGGGGGUUCGAGGGAAUUUUCUCUCUCCUUGGGCAACUAGACCAUGGCGCUUGCAACGUAGAGAAUGAUGUCUUCAAAGCCAUCGUCGCCAUGUGUUCGAGGCGUAUUCUCCACCGUUUACGUCUCGUCCGAAAUCGUGGCAAGCAAUCGAUCAAAGAAGUUCUUCCAAUAGCGUUAGAUCACUUCAGACACAUCAAACGGAGUAGCGUCAAGACGGAACUUCUGCCCGUAUCGACUGAGUUUGUUAAGGGGGCAAGAGAGCUACUGAAACUCGUAAACUCAUGGGUCCAAUAUCAAACAGAUUCUCGAUUAGAGGAAUUAGUCGAAGGUAUUCGUCGCCUUCGGCAGGCCGGAGAUCUACGUGCCCUAUUCGAUACUAUGUCUAACUAUGACAUGGCUCCAACUCUGAGAAGCCACCUUCUAAAUAUGAUAAGCAAAGUCGCAAGAUACCGCGAGUCGGCUAGAUUCCUAUAUCGCAUAGCUAAAAAGGUUCCCCUAGCCCGAAAGAUGCAUAUUAUCAUCGCCCAAUUUCCCGACAAAGCAUUUGAGAGGGCGUUGAUCAAUGAUUAUACUCCCAAGCUUCAAACUACCGUCUCUUCAAUCGAAGGACUAGAAACGCACGAGAACAACCUUACGCAUAUAUUCCGCUCGUUGAACAAAGGCGAAAAACAGACAAACCGCCAUAUGAAUCAGAAAAAAGCAGAUAAUCUAUUUACCGAGCAAGCACUCAGGACGCUCCAAGAUGCGAAAGUCCAUGCUGAGAUCCAGCUCAUUUACUACUGCGAACUCCAUAUACCUCAGAACAGGCUACCUCGAGUUAUAUGUUCUAGUAAGGAUGCAUGUUGGCUUUGCAAUGAGUUCAUUCUCAUGUACGAGAAGAUGCACAUGCCGAAGUCUCACGGGAAGCUAUAUCCCCAAUGGCGCCUCCCUGCGCUCGCGAAUCCUGAGUUUGAUACUCUAGCGAGAGGAUAUAAUAAGAGGCUCAAGGAUGCGUUGAAAAGUAGUCUGAAGACGCUAUUCGUGAGGCAGGGGAGGACUGUGUAUCCUUCCCCGAACGAGAGUAACUUACUCACGUUGAUCUUGUCUGACUCAACGUUAUCAACCGUUUCACUUCCUUUAUCAGAUAGUAAGAGGGAGAAGUUGCGAGAGGUUGUGCAAAAGGUAGCUGCUACCCCCGCUACCGUCCCCGAGGCUGUGUCUAAGGUUACCCCUGAGGCCACCCCUGAGAAGCCAUCGUCACACGAAUCCGCCCUCGCCGACGACGAAGAAAGCGAGGAAACCCUCGCACCAGCAGAAGAAGUACCACUAGAGGAAACUUCUUCAAGAAGCAGCGAACCCAUCAGCGAUAUGCCAGAAUGUCCAAGUAUCGCAGGAUCAUCCGAAACCUUGAGCUCCGUCAACAGCAAUCCGAGGCUCGAGCGCGGUGAAGUCCGAUCUAAGGGCGUUAGGAUAGGGAAAUCUUCUCCAUUAUACUCUACGGAUAAUAUCGAGAUACAGAUCGAGUACGCCGGGACUCCGACCGCAGGGGUAUCGGAUAGGCUCCAGAAGAAACUGUCUUGCGCGAUUGAAUGGUUAAACCCUGAUGACGCGCGGAAGUUACGAGACCGGGGGGAGGUUCCCAUCAGGCUGGAAGCACUUGAUGGUGAGAUGGAUUAUAAUGUGGGUGAGUAUGGAUAUGUAUACUUAUCGAACGGCGAUGCCGUGUUAAAGCUCUUCAUGCAGCCAGUUGCUGCGAGCGAGCUUUAGACUUAUAAGGGCGAGGUUGCAUGUACGUAUGCUACUCUUUAAUUAGCGAAAUAAUUGGUCUAUAAACUACGAUAUAAGAUGUUGGAAUUUAAUAAUUCACGGACGAGCUAGCCAAUUAAAAAGGGUGAGUGAGAUGAGGGUGGUCAG